AUGGAUUCCAUUUACUCGGCCACCUACAGUAAUGUGCCGGUCUAUGAAUUCAAAAUCGAUGGCGACAGUAUCAUGCGACGGAGAUCGGAUGAUUGGGUGAAUGCAACUCAUGUGCUUAAAGCUGCUGGUUUCGACAAGCCUGCGAGAACUCGGAUCCUGGAACGGGAGGUUCAGAAAGGAAAUCAUGAGAAAGUGCAAGGUGGUUAUGGAAAAUACCAGGGUACAUGGAUUCCACUCCAGGAGGCUCGCCUGCUAGCGGAGCGCAACAAUGUUCUCGCCAAGCUGGCACCUAUCUUCGAUUACGUUGCCGGUGACCGCAGCCCUCCACCUGCACCCAAACACACAUCUGCGGCCUCAAAACCCCGUGCUCCGCGUAAAUCUGCCAAGAAUCCCGUGGCCGUCGCCACAGAGGCCUUCUCCGUGAUCCAACCAACUCCAAAUCGAUCCAUGGGCCCUCCAACCCUUACCCACGAACAAUACGAGUUGAGCAACGGCUUCGAUGACAACGAGUCCAUCGAACAGGCAAAUCUCGAAUCCUCCUCAAUGAUGGCAGAUGAAGAUAUGCUGCAAAUGUCUCACGGAGGGCGAAAGCGCAAGCGCGGCAUGAACGAAGGUCCCACUAUGACCAUUACUGAACAGGAGCACAUCAUGUAUGGUGAUCAGUUGCUCGAUUAUUUUAUGACUGUUGGCGAUGCACCACAAGCGACACGCAUUCAUCCUCCAGUCCCUCCCGCCCAUUUCCAAAUCGACCGUCAAAUCGACGACUCAGGUAACACGGCACUGCACUGGGCUUGCGCUAUGGGCGAUUUGGAGAUUGUCCAAGAUCUACUUCAUCGAGGGGCCAAUGCCAAGUCACUGUCCGUUCACGAAGAGACCCCACUUGUUCGAGCAGUGUUGUUUACGAAUAACUACGAAAAACGAACUUUCCCUACUCUUCUGGAUGUGUUGCUGGACAGCAUAACAUUCCGGGACUGGUUUGGAGCUACCAUCUUUCACCACGUCGCUGAGACCACCCGGAGCAAAGGAAAAUGGAAGAGUUCUAAGUACUACUGCGACGUCCUUCUAGAUAAGCUGUGCAAAAAUUUCUCUCACGAUGAGGUCGACUUGUUGCUGGCUUGCCAGGAUGACAAUGGCGACACAGCUGCCCUUGUCGCUGCUCGCAAUGGGGCGUUCCGCCUGGUGAAUAUGCUGACGGCCCAUUGCCCUCGAUCUGCCGACCUUGUGAACAAAAAAGGAGAAACGGCUGCUCAGAUCACCCAGCGAUCCCAAAGUGAGAAUGAUAUCCCGCCUGCACCAUCGUCCAUCACCAUGGCAAACGACCACAUGGAAGGUGAAUUGGGUGGUCUGAUGCCUUCAGACCGCAUGUCCAUUGCACCGCCACCAAUCGAUCCCUCUGCAAACUCGGACUUGCUUUCCAAGAUCGGUGCAAUCAUGGCGGAGGCCAACAAGAAACUUGCGAUGACAUACAGUAAUACCAAAAUCUCUCCACAGGACUCCACCGACGUUGCAAACCCCGAGGCACUCUUUGAACAACUCGAAUCAGAUCGUGAGAAGAUCCAGAAGCAAGUGAUCGCUCUGGGUACCAAGGAGGCUGAGCACGAGCCUAGUGACACUCAGCUUCGCCGUUACGAGAAAUUGCGUGGAACCUAUGAGUCUCUUCUUGAGCGUGUGCAGUACGACCGUCUUGUGGAAAAAUUAUCCUCGGCGAAGGCAAUCACGUCCCCGAACUCACACUCUCUCGGCCCGGAAGAGCUGAUCGCUCAAUACCAACUUGCACGCGAGCUCUGCGCUGCACAGAAGACGCGACGUAACGCGGUACGAGACCUUGCUCAGCAAACCGCGGACGCGGGUGUGAGCACCAAGUUCGAUGUGCAUCGUAAGCUGGUGGCUCUAGCCACUGGCUUGAAAGAAGAGGAGCUUGACCCGAUGGCGGCUGAGCUGGCCGAAACCCUGGAGUUUGACCGCCUGAAUGGCAAGGGCACAUCUCCCGAGCCGGGCCAUCACCGACUGCCAUCUCAGGUAGAGUCCGCCCCGCUGCCUCCCGGCCCUGUUCCUGUCGAUAACUAG